CCAUCAAUUACAAACUAAAGUGACAUUUGAAAUCAAAAUCCAGAUAAUUAACAUAUUUAUCAAAAGCAAAACAUUUGAGAAAUUGCUAAAGUCGGCAGCUGGGUAUGAGUUGUUUUGUGGAAAUCGACGGUUCCUAUUUGGAAGGUGGCGGACAGGCUCUACGCAAUGCAUUAGCAUUAAGUGUUAUACUAAAUCGUCCGGUGCGUGUGGUCAAAAUACGUGCCAAUCGCCCGAAACCGGGUCUUUCACACCAGCAUCUGCAUGGCGUCAAUUUGUUGCGGGACAUCUCUAAUGCCGAAGUGAAUGGCAAUACGUUGCACUCCACCGAGUUGACAUUCACCCCACGCACCAUUGCCGGCUCCAUGUACAAGGUAGACACACGAACCGCAGCGAGUAUAACGCUCAUUUAUCAGAUGGUCAUGCCGGUGCUGUUGUUCAGUGGCACCACGUCUCGGAUCGAUGUCAUUGGCGGCACAAAUGUCUCGUUUUCCCCGCAGGCGGAAUACAUGCAGCAAGUGCUUAUGCCCAAUUUGAAGCGUUUCGGCGUUAGUUUCGAUAUGAAGGUCCUUCAUCACGGCUUUUACCCACGUGGCAAUGGUCGCUGCGUGCUCGAGGUGGAGCCGUUGCGGACCCUGAAUGCAGUGCAAUUAAAUGACUUUGGCCAGUUUCUGUCGGUAAAAGGUUCUGCCUACUAUGCCGGCCGGCUACCCAAAUGCAUUGCCUUCGAUAUGCAGCAUUCGGCAGAACGUGAAAUACAUCGCUUGUGGCCGGAUCAUGAAUGCAAUAUACAGGUGUUCAAGCAUCCACCAGACAGAGCCCGCGAUAAUGGUGCAGGUAUCAUAUUGACAGCAUUGACCAGCACUGGUUGCAUGAUGGGUGCAGCCACAGUGGGUGAGAAAAAUAUCGAUGGGCACAUGAUUGGAUCGAAUGCCUCCUGCGAAUUGGCAGGCUACAUUAAGAAUGAGAUUUGUGUGGAUGCUCAUAUGCAGGAUCAGCUCAUCAUCUAUAUGGCAUUGGCCACUGGUUGCUCACGUGUUCGGGCUGGAGCAUUAACCAAGCACACACGAACUGCCAUCUAUGUGGCCGAGCAAAUGGCUGGGGUCAACUUCAUAAUUGAAUAUGGAAAUUUUGGGCAGACGCUCAUCAGCUGUGAGGGCAUUGGGCAAUGCAAUGCAUAUAUAUAAAACAUACACACGUACACACGCAGACACACUCACACACAUACACAUGCAUACAGAUAAACUAUUGUCUGUU